CAAACGAAGAACAUUUGGAGUUCAAGAAGGCUUCUUUGUACCGACCGGAGGCCAGGAGCUCCCUGGACCUACGAAACAUGACGGUGUCCAGCAGCCUCAGCUGGGACACCUCGGAGCUGGGGACGAGAGCGGGCGAGGGGCGAGAAGAAAGCCCUUUAGAGAGACUCUCGGGCUCCAAGGAGCCGAAGGAGUCGGCCUUCGCCGCCGAGCCCCCCCAGGCAGUCAACACCCUGGAGGUGGAUCCCGAGCAACUGGAGAGCGACUCCGAGGAGCUGGAGGGUGACAAGGGGACGGCGGAGACGCCCAGCCCUCGCGCCGGGGCGGCGGUUGGCGGUGGGGAAGAGAAAUAUCUCAAAACCGAACCAAAGCAACUCGAGGGCCUCGGCAAAGAGCACUUAGAGAAAAGCAAGAGGGGAAUCCAGAGGCUCGACUGGGUUUCUAGACCCACCAAGAGCCCGAGUCCUCACUACAAAGACGUCAACAAGCCGACAGAUGUAGCAACCAACUUGCCCUUUCGGGGCCGUGAAGUGCCUCCUCCGCUGACUCCGACGGUCUUCAGGAAAACGCUAAACCCUGUCCUGGGCAAGUCCAAAUCCUUGGAGAGCUCCUCGUCCCACAGGAAGGGGCUGAUGGUCGACACGGACGUGGGGGAGAUCAACCCCCUCAACGCGACCGAGUGGACGAUCCAAAAGCCGGGUCUUCAGCUUGGAGCCGAUCUGGCCGUCGGCAAACAGUCCUGGACGGUAAAUGCCGAAGACUCGGUGGAGAGGAUCCCGUUGAUGUCCCUGGAACCCGCUCCCUGCAGCUCCUAUGACAUCGAGAUGAGGCCCUACGUCUGCAGCGUCUUGUUGGAGGAGCAAGGGAAGGAGGAGCUGGGUCCAGAGGAGGAUCCUACGGUCUACACCUGCAUCGAGUGCAGCAUCUACUUCAAGAAGAAGGAACAUCUGAUGGAUCACAUGCUCCAGCACAACCGGGGACCAGGGAGGGACCAAGACGGAGAUGCUUUGGGAGGACAAUGUCAGUUCUGCUGCAACGAGUGCGGGUGGGCCUUUGGAGACCCCACCUCUUUGGAGCAGCACAAGAGGCUCCACCAAGAAUCCAGGGAGAAAAUCAUCGAAGAGAUCCAGAAGCUGAACGAGUUUCCCGACGAAGGCCGGGAAGCCCGGCUGCAGUGCCCCAAGUGUGUCUUUGGCACAAACUCCUCCAAGAUCUUCGUCCAACACGCCAAGAUGCACGUCAAGGAGAGGAAGGACCAAGGGGCGAAGAACGUCAACCUCUUUGGAAGUGGGGGCGGCGGGGAGAUGCGGGACAGCCCCCUGCAGGGCAUCUACAAACCCUUCAAACCCAACGAACACGUGGCCCUGCAGAUGCAGGUCCCGCCUCACGCCGGGGGCAAAGGGCUCAGCACCUGCGUGCUCUGCAGCUUCCCGGCCCCCAACGAGAACAUCCUCAAGGAGCACAUGAAAUACGCCCAUUCCCACCUCUCCUGGGACGCCGAGGUCUACGAGGAGGAUCCCAAUCAACCAGGAACCAGCAGAGAUGCCUACAGCCCGGCCAGGUCGGGCCGGUUGGCCGAGACGGAUUAUUUUGGCAAAACAGAGCGGCUUUUCCCUCCUCCCCAUCCCCAAGAAAGCACGUCGCAUUACGAAGCCCUCCACGGUUUUGCCCUAAGUCACCCCAGACUCGAGAAGAGCAACGGGGCUAGUAAAAAGGACUACCAGACCUCGGGGUUUCAUGCCAGGAAAGGGGCUCCCUACGCCACCCCCCAUAAAAACCUGGGUCUCUCCGCUUUCCCCGCCGCGAAAGCUUAUUCCCAGUUGGCUCUGCAGCACCUGAAAAAAAAAGCGGCGUCUCAGCACCUUGAAGGAGAAGGCGACGGGCUCCGGAGCCACCCCAUGGGGCUGGAGGAGCUCAGGCACAAGUGGACGUUGGCCAACGACGCCGGGAGCCUGGAAGAGGAGAUCUCGGUGAGCGCCGAGAUGGAUUUGGGCGAGAGCAGGGGCCUCAAACCCGUGGCCAUCCCUCAAGCUGCCUUAGACCUCAAGAGGACCUUCAGAGACACCUUGAAAGCCACCGACUCUUCCAUCGCUUCGGAGGAACAGCAGCACCAGUUGCGGAUGAUGGUCCCCAUCGUCCUCCUGGAGGAGGUCAACCCGCACCCCAAGGCGACCAAGCGACCUCGGGGGAAGCCAUUGAAGAGGAAAAACACCCUCCCUUCCCAGGAAUUCCUGAUGGAAGAGCCCAUUCCCUUGGACGUGCUCCUGUUGGACGCUCCUCUGGAGGGUCCUCUGGAGCUGGAUGACCUCCUGGACUCCGACUCGCCCAUGUUGAAGAACGAGGAGAGGAAAUGUCCCUACUGCCCCGACAGGUUUCACAACGGCAUCGGGCUGGCGAACCACGUGCGGGGCCACCUCAACAGGGUGGGGGUGAGCUACAACGUCCGUCAUUUCAUCUCGGCGGAAGAAGUGAAAGCUAUUGAGCAAAAAUUUUCCUUCCAAAAGAAGAAGAAAAAAGGUAUUGCGAACUUUGACCCCAGCACUUUCAGCCUGAUGCGCUGCGAGUUCUGCGGGGCCGGUUUCGACACGCGAGCGGGUCUCUCCAGCCACGCCAGAGCCCACCUGAGGGACUUUGGGAUCACUAACUGGGAGCUCACCAUCUCCCCCAUCAACAUCCUGAAGGAGCUCUUGGCCAACUCUUCGGAGCACCCGAUGCUGCAGGCGGCCAUGGGAGCGGAACCCUCCUCCCCGAGCCGAGAGAGGGAACCCCACGGCUUCGUGCCACGCAAGAGCAUGACCCCCGUGUCCGAGUGCAGCAUCACACGCUCUCCUCUGUCCCCGUUCCCUCCGUCCUGGGGAGAAGAGUCCCUCCAGUCCUACAGAGACAUCCUGGCUCCGGAAGAGGAACAACUGGUGGCCAUGGAGGUGGGGUCACCCCCUCUCCCCAAAAAAAGCGCUCCCCCCGGGCAGCUGGAUCCUCCCCCCACCAGGAUCGGGACCAAACUCUCUCCUGAGCCCCCUGGGAGCAAACCAGAGCCUCAGGACUCCAAAUCCCAGAACCUCACGACGUGCGAAGUGUGCGGCGCCUGCUUCGAAACCCGCAAAGGUUUAUCCAGCCAUGCCCGCUCCCACCUGCGGCAGCUCGGCGUGGCCGAGUCGGAGAGCAGCGGGGCUCCCAUCGAUCUGCUCUACGAACUGAUGAAACAAAAAGGCAAACCCGACGGCGGCCCCCUCUCCCCCCCCUUGGGCAAAAAAACCGGGUCCCCCAAAGACGCCGCCGGUUCCCCUCGACCCACCCUCCUGGGGCUGGGCAAAGGCGGCGAUCGCUCCUCGGACGGACCCAUCAAUAAAGCCAUCAAAUCCCCUCCCGGUUUUUCCAAAAACCUUUCCCAACCGGGAUCCCCCAUCCUUAAGAAGGUGCCGGCGGCUCUUUCGGGGUCCCCCUCUCCCAAAAACCCCGAGGAGAAAAGCUCCAAGCUGUCCCUCAGCCCUCUGCAGAGCUCUCCGAAAGCCCAGUGGCCGCAGGCGGAUGAGGAAGGACCCCUCAAUUUAACCUCGGGCUCGGAGCCGGUGCGCGACAUCCGCUGCGAAUUCUGCGGGGAAUUCUUCGAAAACCGCAAAGGUUUGUCCAGCCACGCGCGCUCCCACCUGCGGCAGAUGGGGGUGACCGAGUGGUACGUCAACGGCUCCCCCAUCGACACCCUCCGGGAGAUCCUCAAACGGAGAACCCAACCGAGGGGCAGCACCUCUAAUCCCGGCGUUCCCGGCCCCAAAUCCAUGGCCAAGAGCCUUUUGGGCACCAUUGGAUCCUUGGAACCUCGCGGACCCGGAGAGCUUCACAUCCCGACUCUUCCCAAGAAGAAGAAACUCAAACAAGAUCAACUGAGGUUGGAAAUCAAGCGGGAGAUGAUGGCGGGAGGACUCCACGGAGAACCUCAUCCCUCCGAGCAAGCCUGGCCCCCGCGGGAGGAGAUGUCCCCCUUGAACCUCUGUAAGUCCCCGGGUGUCACCUUCCCCCCUUUCAUCUCUGGUGCCACGAAGGGUUUGGCUCUGGUGGGGUUUAUACCCCAUUCCCUCCACAUUCGGUGCAAAAAUUGUGGAUUUUUGGGGCCGUUGCUCCCGUUUUUGAGGCCGGGUAACAAGAAUCUCUCAUUUACGGAAUCUGUCCGGCGCCCCGCUAAUGAUAAACUCGUCUUUAAUUGCCUUUUUUUUUUUUUUCCUCUUUUUCUAGGUUACGGCGACUGGAACUCUGGGACGAACAGAGGUUAUGAGGGGUACGGUUACGGCUAUGGCUACGGCCAGGAGAACUCGGGGAAUUACGGCUACGGAGUGGCCGCCUCCAACUCCUGGGAAAUGGCCAACUCGGACGUGGACAUGAACCCCGAGGGCUCGGGGGGAGGCAACGCCGAGGCCGUCAUGGCCAAAAUGAACCAACGCUUGGACAUGGUGUCACACAUGGACGCCGAGGCCAUGCAGGGGGGACACUACGGCUCCGGGGGGGACAGGUACGACUCCUACGAAUCCUACGACUCCAGGUCUUCCCUGAACGACCGCGACAUGUACCGAGGCGGCUACGACUACAGCGAGUCGGAGCACGACGCCGACAACGCCUACGAAGGGCACUACGACAACUUUUACGGAAACCGCCGGGAUCAAUACCAAAACAGAGCCCGGGAGAAUUUUGGCCAACGGGGUCAAAAUUGGGGGAGAGACGGACGGAAUAACAGACCCAUGGGGUCUUCCUACCCCGGGCGGAUGGGCGGACAGUGGAACGAACCUCCCCAAUCCAUGGGAUCGCGUGCUCUGGGUCCCCACGGCUCCUCCAGGCUCCCUUCCCUCUUUUCCCACAACAUUCUCCCGGAACUGGGCAUGUUCCAGGGAAUGCGAGGAUUUUCGGGAAACAUGCGCUACGGGGGAGGAAUGAUGAAACAACGCAUGAGGAGAAACUGGAAAAUGUGGGAUUCGGAUUUUAAACCCCAGAAAAAGAAAAUGAAGAAAGAUUUGGGGGCCAAGAAGCGGAAGCAAACCAACAGCUCCGACGAGCCCGACAGCAAAGCGGCCAAGACGGACGGCUCCGACAACUCCGACUCCGACAACGAGGAGGGAACGGAAGGAGAAUCGGGAGAAAAAGAGGAGAAAGAGGGCUCCAGAGGCGAGGGGGAAGAUGAAGAAGGAAGAGAUUCAGAAAAAGGUGCUUUAACCAUUCAAGAAGAGAUCAGUCAAAUCAAACGCAAAUUGCAGGCGGGCAAGAAAACCCAAGAGAGGCAAAAGAAGAGGCAUCGGGAUCGCAUGGUGGAAAGGAUCCAGUUUGUUUGUUCGUUAUGCAAAUAUCGGACCUUCUACGACGACGAGAUGAACAGUCACCUCGAGAGUAAAUUCCACAAGGAACAUUUCAAAUUUGUCGGCACCAAAUUGCCUCAACAGACGGCCGAUUUUCUCCAGGAAUACGUCGCCAAUAAAACCAGGAAAACGGAGGAGCGCCGUAAAGCCAUCGAAGACAUCAACGCCGUCAUUCAGCAGAUUUACAGGGACCAAGACCUCACGCAAGACGUGGGGAUGGAGCACUUCAUCAAGAAGGUGGAGGCCGCUCACUGCGCCGCCUGCGACCUCUUCAUCCCCAUGCAGUACGGCAUCAUCCAGAAACACCUCAAGUCCCUCGACCACAACCACAACCGCCGGGCCAUGAUGGAGCAGUCCAAGAAAUCCUCGUUAGUGGUUGCCAGGAGCAUCCUCAACAACAAAUUAAUUAGUAAGAAACUGGAGCGGUACCUGAAGGGGGAGAAUCCUUUCACGGAUGAUCCAGAAGAAAAAGAGGAGCACGAGGAAGGAGAAGGUGGAGCCGGCGGAAACGUAGAGGAAGGAACAACAGAAAAUAAGGAUGAGGAGGAAAACGCGGAGGAAGAGAAUCCGGAGGAGGAAAACUUGGAAGAAGAAAAUCCAGAGGAGGGAAAUCUCGAGGAGGGAAACAAGGAUCCCGAAGAGAAGCUGGAAGGAGCUGGAAAAGAGGGAGGAGGAGAAAAAAGGGGGACAGAGAUGGAAAUUGGGGCUCAGGCACAAGCACAAGCGGAGGAGCCGGACGCGGGGAAGAGGGAGGAGCAGAAUUCCCCGUCCGCGGAGGAACCGGAGCCACAGCCUGGAGAAGGCGUGGGGGAGGAGGAGGAGGAGGAGGAGGAAGAAAGCGAGGAAGCUGCUGCAGCACAAGAGGAGGAGGAGGAGGCAGCUGAGUAAACUCUGGAUGCGGGGAAAGGGCCGCGUAAAAGACUUUUGACGUAUUUUGGGGUUGUUUUUUUGGUUUUUUAAGAAAAAAAAACCACCCGUAACCGUUAUCUGUGAAUUUCAUAGCACAUAUUUUUAAGUUCUCAUUCUACUAAACUCACGUAGGCAGCGGAAGCCUUGACCUUGUAAAGUGAAUUAUUAUUUUUUUGGGGGGGGUGGGGAAA